AUAUAAUUAGCUGUUUGCUGACUUUGUUUUUGGGUGCCCUACUUAUACACAUAAAAAACCCUAAUUUUCCUCCUCCCUACCUCCAAAGCCCUAGCUCAUAACAAACUCAUACCUCAGGCGUUCCUUGAAUCCAUGGCUACCAGGUUGCAAUUCGAGAACUCGUGCGAGGUUGGGGUGUUCUCGAAGCUGACGAAUGCCUACUGUUUGGUUUCCAUCGGAGGCUCUGAGAAUUUCUACAGCACAUUCGAGGCCGAGUUGGCAGAUGUCAUCCCUGUCGUUAAAACCUCCAUUGGCGGCACUCGCAUCAUUGGCCGCCUCUGUGCUGGAAACAAAAACGGGCUUCUUUUGCCUCACACGACCACAGACCAAGAACUCCAGCACUUGAGGAACAGUUUACCUGAUCAUGUUGUUGUUCAGCGCAUUGAAGAGAGACUAUCUGCUCUUGGAAACUGUAUUGCUUGCAAUGAUCAUGUUGCUCUUACACACACGGAUCUUGACAGAGAAACUGAGGAGAUGAUCGCAGAUGUACUUGGCGUGGAAGUUUUUAGGCAGACGAUUGCUGGUAAUAUCCUUGUGGGAAGUUACUGUGCCUUCACCAACAGAGGUGGCAUGGUUCAUCCCCACACAUCUGUUGAAGACUUGGACGAGCUUUCAACGCUUCUACAGGUUCCUCUGGUUGCUGGAACAGUCAAUCGUGGCAGUGAAGUGAUAGCUGCAGGCAUGACAGUGAAUGACUGGACAGCAUUCUGUGGGUCAGACACCACUGCCACAGAACUCUCAGUUAUUGAAAGUGUUUUCAAGUUGAGGGAAGCUCAACCUAGUGCCAUUGUGGAUGAAAUGAGGAAAUCAUUGAUUGACAGCUAUGUCUGAGCAAAAUCUCUGUGCUAGUUCCAUGAAUAGGUGCUGUUUUCUUCCUUGUUAAUUGUUUUAAAACAAAAUAUCUUUUUAAAUUCUUAAUCAUAAGAAUUCUGGUGUUGCCAAGUUGUAUAAUUAUGUUGCCAAGCUGUACAAUAUGUUAUAGCAAACGUGUUUUGCCUUUUUUCUUCCCAAAA